GCCAGGACGACGUCCAGUGUCUGCUUGUUGCCUGCGAGUUGGCGGCCGAGGCCGUUCGGUUUGAGGCUCUCUCGUAUGUUUGGGGCGACCCCUCCCGGAAGACUCCUAUCCAGAUCAAACGGGCUCACCCUGCACAUCGGCGAGAAUCUCAGGAGUACGCUCCUCAACCUUCGGGCUCGCCGAUAAAGCUCCGGUCGUCUGGGUGGACGCCAUCAGCAUCAACCAACAAGAUCCCAAGAGAGGGUCCAACAGGUUCGCCUCAUGGGGGAUAUUUAUCGCGGGGCAACUCAGAGAGUGUUGUGGUUGGGGGACGCCGUCAGCCAUCCCGGCCGGGAUAAGGACACGGCGCGUGCUUUCCAUGUCGUCAAGAGACUUGCGCAGGACGCGGCGGACGUCAGGAGGAACCCGCUCAGAAAAGUCGAGUACCAAAAGGGUGCAGUCUUCGACGAAUUCAAAUUUGACGGAUCCGUGGAGAGCAUCUUCUUUGAAAAUCCGUGGUGGCGGCGAGCGUGGACGGCUCAGGGAAUCGUCCUGGCCAGGCGGGCGCUGCUGGUCAGCGGUCGCUACCAGGUCGAUGGGGACCUGUUCCGCUCGGCCAUGCAUCACAGCGCGGCUUUGGGCAUAGCGCCUUGGAACCACUUAGUCUUUGGAAACUAUGUCGAUCCUCCCACGACGCCGUUUUGGAAGAUCUACUCGGCCUUGGGUUUCGCCAACGGCAGGCUAAGCGCUCUGGGGAUUGCGCCAGAUUAUCGAAAGCCAGUUCGGGAUGUCUACCGAAACGCGCAGAGGAGACUGCUGGAGGUGUCCGGAAAUCUGGACAUGCUCGGGCUAUGCUUCCCGUUCACAACACCCGGGACCUUGUGGUUGCCCUCUUGGGUCCCGGACUGGGGCCCGGCCAACAGGAUGGCUUGA